UGGUGGGGUGGUGGACGCUCGAGAGCUACCCCCACCACUCGCGUAGCGUCUCGACGCCGCGUUUCGGUCUCCCGAGUCUGAUCUCAGUUACCAACAGACCGCGCGAUCGCUCGCAUCGCCGACGCGAAGCGAGAGGGGAGAGAGAAAGAACGAACGAACGAACGAAUGAAAGGAGAGUGAGAGAGUGAGAGAGAGAGAGAGAGAGAGAGAGAGAAAGGAGUGCUCGAGAGUGCAUACGCGCGAAGGGAGCGAAAAAGAAGGAUUAAAAUAAUACGAGGGAAAGAGGGAGGAAGAGAGAGAGAGAAACAGGGAGAGGAGAAGAGUGAACUAUGUUACAAGUCGUCGUCGUCGUGCCGCUCGGUCUCGCCUGAACAAAGGAAGAUUCUUCUCCCUCGGCUCGCCGCGUCGAGGGUCGUUUCCGAUCGACGAACCGUCGGGAUCCUUCCUCGGGUGUCUUCGGUGCGGUUCGUGCGCCUCGAGCGCACACGAAGCGGUCAGUCACGUAGCAGCGGCCGAGGCGUGAGGAACAAAGGACGGCGGCAGGAUCUGCGCGAGAGAGAGACGGGAAGACGGCGAGGGAGCAACGCUUUACGAUCGCGCACGACAAUAUUGUUGAUAUUCGCAAAGCGCUGGAAGCACGAUCGCUAGGAUCAGGAUCGUCGGGACCGAGACUCUUCGCUCCGAAACAACGCGAGUCGCACACCGGUAUAUUUUGAAAGAAAGAGAGAAGACGCGCCCUCCCCACGAGUUUUGUGGCAGAGAGAGAGAGAGAGAGAGUGUGUGAGAGGGACUUGCGACGCGUCUCUUCGAGUUCGUCGAAUUGUGCAUUGUGUUUUGCUUUUUUUUUAUACUUUUCUAUCCGGACGAUUUUUCUCCCAGUGCGACGAGCCAAGAUUAAUAGAGAGGAAGAAAGGAAGAAGCGGUAACGUACCUGUCGGACAUUCUCCGUAUCAAAGAACGUGAUUUGUGAGUGAAAGAGGGAGAAGGAGAGCUGGAACCCGAAUUUUCUGGAGGUAUAUGUGUCUGUACCUGCUUGCCUACCUGCGUAACGAACCGGCGACCUAACCUUAACGGCAACGACGGUCGAACCAAGUGCGCGCGAGAAGAAUUGAAGGAAUCUCGUUGUGUGCUAAAGGAAGAGAGGGAAGGCGAGGAGGAGGAGGCGAAAAGAGACCGAAAGUGAAAAGAUAACCGGCCUUCCUUCGGAUUCUCUCCGCCGUCUGUUUAACGACGUCGUUGGUUUUCAUGUGUGACAUGUGCCACAGAGUGUACGACGUCUGAAAGAGAGGACUCCGGAAGCGCAAUACCUUAUUCGGCAGCACACGGAUUAUCCUCGUAUUUACGGUGAGUAUUGUGGCGUUCCGGCAGAGUACCGUGAAGAAGUCGUAAAUUUUGCAAGUACCCGCGCCACGAGAUUACGAGCAUUAUAUCUUCAGGGGAUGCCGGUUGACUGAAGAUGGCCUCGCCGACACCCUCGCUGGAAUCGCGCGCGAAUUCCCUCGGGUCCCCGGUCUCGCUGUCCCCGGUAACAGUGAGCGGCAGCUCGCCGCCUGCUAGCGACUCGGCGAUCUGCGACGUCGACAGCUGCGAUUUGUGCCUGGACGCGCCGAAGUCGGGCGAGGAUCCGUGCCCACGCUGCCGGCUGGGUAGCACCGGCGGCACCGGUCGCACUCGCUGCACCGGCUGCAAGUCCACUGCGGCCGACGCUGUAGCGCGUUGCUACAACUGCGACCAGUUUCUCUGUCCGAAUUGCGUGAUGGCGCAUCAGUUUAUGCUCUGCUUCGAGGGCCACCGAGUGCUGAACCUGGCCGACUCCAAGUUGGAGACCGUCGGCGGCGGCGGCAACGGCAGCGGCGGCGGUGGCGGCGGUGGAGGUGGCGGAGGCGGCGGCACGAUUACCGCGACAACGGAAUUGCCCAAGAGCACCUGCAACGGCAGUAGCGGCGGCGGGGGCGGCGGGAACAGCUUAGUGAUCAACGGCGGCAGCGGUAACGGCAACAACAGCGAGAAGGUACACUUUUGCACGCGACACAAGCAGGAGAUAAUCAAGUAUUUCUGCCGAAGCUGCAACGUGCCGAUAUGCAAGGAGUGCACGUUGACGGAGCACGCGGCGCCGCUGCACGACUGCGCUCACAUCUCGGACGUGGGCGCGCAGCAGAUCGAGGCGUUGGCGCGGACCGUCCAGGAGUGCCGCGCGAAGGCGGCGGACGCCCGUGCGGCUGUCAAAGCGGCGGAUCACAGCGCGACGAUAUUACAGGUGCAGUAUCACAAGGCGCAGAACGAGAUCAACGAUACGUUUCAGUUUUAUCGAUCGAUGCUGGACGAGCGGAAGCAGGAGCUGUUGAAGGAGCUCGACUCGGUGUUCUCGGCGAAGCAGAUCUCUCUCAACGUGCUCGGGCAACGCGCCAACGAGAUGGCGGACAAGAUUAUGCAAGCCUGCGACUUCGUCGAGCGCGUCACCAAGGUUACCACCAUUACUGAUUUCCUCAUAGUCAAGAAGGUCUUCGAGUCCAAGCUCCAGACGCUGCUCAAUUACACGCCGAACACGGACAUAGCUAAUCAGACCGCGGAUCUCGAGUUCGUCAGCAAUUACCAGGCGAUACAAGUAGGCGUGAGAAACACUUUCGGUUACGUGCGGAGUAACAGUAGCAGCGAGAACAGCGCCGGCUCGAUCGGCAAACAGCCACCGAUCGCACGACCUACCGCCUUGUCGAGCAACGGCAUCGGUAGCAGCGGCAGCAACAUCAGCAACGGACCAGGAAACGGAGCGGGUUCUUUAGGCGGUCUUCUCCUAGAUCGUACUUACAGUAACGGCCUGAUCUCCUCCAGCAUGAACUGCGGCUCGUCGUCGUCACCCUCCUCCAUCGACACCAUCAGCACCGUGAUUUCCAAACGCUUCAGCUCGGCCAACAGUCUGGGCCCGUUCUCCACGACGAUCAGCGAUGUUAAUCUGAACGGCAUGAACGCCAAUCCAUACGAGAAAUGGAGCAACGGCGGUAGCGACGCUUAUCCCGUCGUAACGACGAACGAUCACUUUGCAAUGCCAUCGGCGGUAGCCGUGGCAGCGAAUACCGCGCCCGGCGAUUCCGUCCUCGACCUGACAUCGAAGUUGAUGUCCGCUACCGCAAUAUUCCCGCCCAAGUCGCAGAUCAAGCGGCAGAAGAUGAUCUAUCACUGCAAGUUCGGCGAAUUUGGCGUAAUGGAGGGUCAGUUUACGGAACCGUCGGGUGUUGCGGUGAACGCGCAAAACGAUAUUAUUGUCGCCGACACGAACAAUCACCGCAUCCAGAUCUUUGACAAGGAGGGCAGGUUCAAGUUUCAAUUUGGCGAGUGCGGUAAACGCGACGGCCAACUGCUCUAUCCGAAUCGGGUCGCCGUCGUAAAAACGUCCGGCGACAUCAUCGUCACGGAACGUUCGCCGACCCAUCAGAUACAAAUCUACAAUCAGUACGGUCAGUUCGUGCGCAAAUUUGGCGCCAACAUCCUCCAACAUCCACGCGGCGUCACCGUUGACUCGAAGGGACGUAUCGUCGUAGUGGAGUGCAAGGUAAUGCGCGUCAUCAUUUUUGAUCAGACCGGCAACGUCCUGCAAAAGUUUGGCUGCUCGAAGCAUCUUGAAUUCCCGAAUGGCGUGGUAGUGAACGACAAACAGGAGAUCUUCAUCAGCGACAAUCGCGCCCACUGCGUCAAGGUUUUCAAUUACGAGGGUGCUUACCUACGACAGAUUGGCGGCGAAGGCAUCACCAACUACCCUAUCGGCGUGGGCAUCAACACUCACGGCGAGAUUCUGAUAGCGGACAAUCAUAACAACUUCAAUCUGACCAUCUUCACGCAAGACGGCCAACUGGUCUCGGCCCUCGAGAGCAAAGUCAAGCACGCGCAGUGUUUCGAUGUAGCGUUAAUGGACGACGGCUCGGUGGUACUCGCCAGCAAGGACUAUCGCCUGUACAUAUACCGUUAUGUGCAGGUACCGCCGAUCGGCAUGUAGAGCAGCGACGCGUCACGACGACGACGAUGAUCGUCGUGCGCCAGUGUCAAUGUUUGUCAUCGUAUCGUCAUCAUCAUCCUCGUUAUCAUCGUUGCCGUUCCACAUGAUUGGACGGCCGCGCGGGAUCACCGCGAUCUCGAUCUUUCCUUUCACCUACGCUCGCCUGUCUUCUUCUACAUCCAUCAUUCUACCACCCACGCUCGCGCGCUCAAUUCACCACUGUUGCCAUCACCUUCUUCGCCCGCCCCCAUCUACGAGACGUUUCACGAACCGCCGACCAUUAGAGAAGGGGCGCACCACACGCUCCGUAUACGCGAGGGAUCGACUCCCUCGAGCGAGUGUCGUUCACGCGGCAAGAAUGGAGUUCCCGAAGCGUUCCUCCUGUGGACUCCGCCGUACGACAUCAUCGGACAUCAUCGACCGACGGUAUGCGAGAAGGCAUAGCGCCCGCGCGUUCCCCCUGAUACUCUCCCUCCGCGUCUUCGCGAACGGCGGUCCGUUUCGCGCCGACGAAAAGGAGGCGAGGACGCGCGACGCGCGACGCUCUACGCGUCUCUAACCCUCGCGACUCGUCGAAUGUCGAGGAUCCGCAACAAGAGAGAGAAAGAGAGAGAACGUAAUCAACCUUGCUGCCCCGACAAAUUCGCGCGCGCUCCUUUCUUCGCGCGUACGCGCCGUAUAUACGCGUGCGCGUGCGCGAUAACUUACUUGUUAAUGUUGUUAUAAUACUGAAAAUACUGUUGUUGUUGUUUAGUUGUAGAGCUCGCCGCCGCUAGUCACUUCCCCCCCUCGCCUUCCACUCUGCCCCCGUCCUCCUCCCUCCUCCCUUCGCACCCGUUACCAACAUUCCCUCCUACCCCUUCCGCUAUCCCGCACUAACCACGAUCUUCUCUCUGAGACCUCGUCUGAUAAUCAUACACCGAGAAACGCAUUUUACACGUUUUCGUUGCUCUCUCCGACGUGGUGGUCGACCAGUGUGUCGCUUCCGGUCACCGCGGUUCGAAGCGUCCCCGUGCAAAAGCUCGCGAGGAACGUGUUGUUGUCGCGCGAGAUACUAUUAUUGUUUCAUCGUAUUCUCCCGAGAGAUCCACUAAGGUUCGUAAGAUGCAAUUGCAACCGUUUGCGCGGAUCUUAAUAGUUUCGCUUCUCUGGUUAUACGACGAGACGAACGAAACUGGAUCCUCUGUUGAACGGCUUGCAUGAUCUUAGACUUAGGCUCCGAGUUAUUAACAUACACAUACGUCUCGAGCAGCGAUCUUUAGACGAAUCGGUUUCCCAAAUUGUUCGCGCGCUAUAUGAAUGGAUAAUUGGCUGAUCUUACUGAGGUAAAACAUCCAAUUGAUCCAUGCGACAUUGAUACGAUUGCGCCAAAUAGUUUGAGAAAUUAUUUAGGAAGAUGAAAUUUCAAUAUAACAUUUCAGUAUAGCGUCGUAGAUUUGGGUGACAGGAUCGUUGAAUCGUGCACAGAUGCGUGUUUAAUAAUAAAACUUUGUUGAUCAUCCGAGACCAUGAUUGAAUCGUCGCGAGACUGGUAGAUUCCCAAUAAACAGGACGUUUAUACGUUUAUGAAUCGAUAGAUCGAACGGUAUCCCCGCCAUUUGAAUUCCCCCUUCACGAUUGUUUUCGCAUCUGAAUUUUUUCCCCCUUUUUUUAUAUAAUGAUUGUCGACAAUUCCUACGGAAAUUCAUCCUGAGGUGCAUUUCGUAUUCAAUUAUGACAGCGACAACGACGAUGUCGUCAAACGGUCAUCGCGCACGUUCACUUUUCCAAUUCAAUUUACUGUUAUCGAUUAGUUUUUUUUUUAUUUAGUUAAUUUCUAUAUUUAUCUCUCUUUCGUGCAUCUCUUCGUUUCUGUUACUUUAUCGCGACGUCGAGUUUGAGCCGAUCUAUAUUAAAUAUUUGAUCGAACAGUUUUUCUAGUUAGUUUUAUCACUAAAAUUCGCGUUGAUAAAUUUAGCAACCGCUCACUUUUAUCGGUAAAGCAACGUUAUGUGUUUAAAUUGUUAUAAGUGUAAAAGAUACAUAAAUAAUUCACCUUGGCAAAGUACGAGGUACAGGUCCUGUUGCUUGCUAAGUAACUCGCUCAGAUAUCGACGGCGCAGAUAAUUGACGGAGAAUAAAGAUUGUUUAAUAUUCACGGAGAGACACGUAGAAAUCGUUGGUACUCGUAGAAACUAGAAUGGCGUAGUAUUAUUACAAGGGAUGUUUUAAGAAAAGAAGUAGAAUGCACACUUUGGAAUGGCAUUUUGAGCGUAUCCGCUACGUACAGUCGACGACGUUAGUUCGUCGAAAUUUAUUCUCGACUCUCGUAGCAAAAAAAAUGACGCAAUCACCGCAUGUUUAUCGUUUAUAGAAUUAUCCUUGUCAACGAACGAAAGCAAAAGGCGAAUCACUUGCUUUCUCCAACUCCCCAUCCUUGGGCGAAAUCUCCUCCUUUCUCUUCUUUUCUUUUUUUAUUUGAUUUUAUUUUAUUAUUAUUUUUUUAUUAUUAUUAUCAUUAUUAUUAUUAUUACUCUAGUAGUAUAGUAGCGCGUAUAGUAGCUAUUAGUUGUUUUAGUAAGCGUGUAAGACUUUCCUUUUUUUCACUCUCUCGAUAAGUUAUCACAGCUAUUGUGAAACACACGUCUGUUCUUCUCUGAUUUUCGCUUGAUUAUCGUUGCUGCUUUACGUUCUUGGAUUUCGAUUAAAAAGAAAAACGCCAAUGAGAUUAAAACUGACACCCUCCGAUUCCCUUUUCCCGACCCGACUACCGCGCAGCCGUUUUAGGUUCGCGUCGGUAUCAUCGUUUAUUCUGAAACUUAUAGUAUUAAUAUAUUUUGUUGGAUAGAGAUAAAACAAAAAAUUAAGUAAAUCAUACACACACGCGGGAAUUCCCAUAAUUCUCCGCCGCGCGACUCCACGCACGUACACGUUUGCUCUAUUAUUAUAUUAUAUUUUUAUUAAUAUUAUUGUAUUUUUUUUAUUAUUAUAUUAUUACUAUUAAUAAUGCUUGUGUGUUGCGACUUUCGAUGUGACACUUUCAAUCGAUACGUUAUUGAACGCUCCCUUCCCCUGAUACUGUGAAGGGAAAAAGGCUAGCUGGCACAUAAAGUCUAAUUUUAACCCUAUUACUCGACUACGAGGCCUCAUGGAUUAUAGAUCUUCGAUUACUGAAUUAUCGUCGUUUACGUAAACAUUCGGCGCAAUUCCGAAAGUUUCGGAAAGUCCUCUCAAGUCGAUCCAAACCUUUCGGACCUCACGCGCUUAAUCAUCAUUCAUGGAAAAAGUUAUAUCAAUCGGAAGAUACGAUAGAUUUUUUUUAUGUAAUGAGUGAUUAAUUUAAUCAAACUUUUUUUAAAGAUUGAUCUCCCAUAACUCGAUUGUGCAGCAUUUUAGCUUUCGAUCAAGUUUCGGGUAUUGUUUCUACUUAAAAUAACAGAUUUUUAAUUAAUAAACAGAAAUAAAAAUAAAAAAAUAUUAAAUAAAUGAUUUGUUUAUCAGUUGACUAUCCGAUUUGAUUAAAGGAACAAUAAUUAAAGUAUGCGCAAACGCUUCUUCGUCUUUGAAUUCAAUUUUUCGAAGAUUGAUCGUAAUCGAAAAUCUUGGGAUAAUCCAUGAUUAUUGCCGUUUCGUGAUUACUUGAUUUGGUAGUCGAGAUUUGAAUAAAUAAGGUAAAUAUUUGUGAGAUUAAAUUGAAGAUUUUUGUUGGCUUCGAUUAAAGAUUUUGAUCUGAAGAUUCGAAAAUUUUCAAUCAGCUAAGCAUUUAUAAUGCUCGAUCAAAGAGACAUAAAUUGUGAUCCAAGUGUUUUGUACCUGUUAUAAAAAUAACAAAAUAAAUUGUCAAUGUUUUUAUAAAAAUAUAGCUUUUUGAGAAAAAAGAAGAAAAAGAAAAAAAAAGAACAUAUGAUGAUAUAUAUAAUGAAGAACAAAUGUAUGUGCAAGCUUCUUCGACGUUUACAUUAACGUUUGUAUAAAUCUCAUUAAAAUGAUGUUUGCACGAAUUGUGAAAUCUAGAGACGCGAGUUACGAUAAACAUUUUGCAUCAUGCGAUUAACAAAUUUAUAAUUGACAGAUACAGGUACACCAAGGUAGAUGUAUUGAAAUAGAGAAAGAGAUUCUUCAAUUUCGAUGCGAAUUGCGAUUGAAUAAAAGACUACCGAACCAGGUGAUCGUCGCAGAUCUUCGUUCUUGUUUGCCCUCCAGAUAAAUUCCGUGAACAUUCCGUGAAUAUUUUUAUCGAUUUUCUUCCGUUGAAUCACGAACGAUAAAGAUGAUAUUGAUGAUUAGUUUCUUACGUUCGUUUCAUUUGAAAAAAUCGAUGUUAUAUUAUUCUUGAUCGCAAAUUCUGGACAUUUUCCGAUUGUCCUCGCGCGAUUUAGCACGAGGAUCAAGCUCUAAGGACAAACAAGAACGAUAGAAACAGAGAAAGGGGAAAAAGAAAAGAAAAGAACAGAACCGAAGAGAGCAGGAGUCAUCGAAAAUUAUUUUGAUUAUUCUCGAUUUUCUUUUUUUUACAUAACGAUUUGUUUCGAUAUAUCUCUGUCUUAAUUUUUCGAUCGGCCCCAUUUUCGCGCCGUCUCGAGCAAAGCUACCGUCAAGCUCUCUUUUCAAUUCUUUGAUUCGUCAAGCUGUGUCAAUUGCGCGUUUCCGCGUUUCUUUUUCAUGUUUUUCUUUUUUUUUUUUUAAAUAACUUGACAAAGACGGAACACCAAGAGAGGACGGCAUGGAAGCGGGACAUUCGGGUAUCUUUCUUUUGAGUAAGAGAUUGGAGAAAAUAAUAUUUCGCGGUGCGAGAGGGGAAAAGGAAAGCUUGCACCGAGCAUCACAAAGACAUCUGUCCAUUAAUAUUUACAUCGCAUAAGCAUGUGUUGAUGCAUAGUUACAUUACUGUCUCAUUAUCAUUAUACUUAUUAUUAAUUAGUUACUGUAUUAUUAUUAUCUGAAUGUAUAUUUAGUUAUUAUUAUAUUAUGAUUACAUUAUUAUAAUAUUAUUCUUAUUAAUUCAGUUAUUGUAUCGUUAUUACGUUAUUAUAUAAAACGCGAAUAAAACGAGGAGAGAAACGAUGCGCCACCUUGCCAGCUAGCCAUCACUACCAAUAGUUUGUCGCAUUCAAUAAUAAUCCGACUGCGUGAGGCGCGCGCACAAGACAAGAGAGAUUAAAUUCCAUUCCUACGCAUUACACCUAAAUAAGAAUCGAGAGAUGUACGUACAUGCGUGCGUGUAUAUAUGUGAGUGUGUAUGUAUGUAUGAUGUAUAUAUGUUAUACGUGCCUACGUGUGUGUUUUAUAAAUUUGCGCGCUCGCGUUAUCAAGGGAUGAGAGACGCGCGCGAAGAUGAGAACGAGUACCGUUUCGACAUAUUGUCAUUUUCUCAAACUGUCAGCCUCUCUUCUUUCCUUUUUUUUUGUACUGGUUUGUUAUGUUAUUAUUAUUAAUAUUAUUAUAAUAUUGUAUUAUUAUUAUUUUUAGGAGAUACAUCUCGAUUGUUCUUAAUUUAAUUGUAAAUCGUAUUUUUGUUUGUUUUUUAGUUAUUUUUUGUUGUACAUGCUUUUUAAUAAUAUUUUCAGUUCACAUUACGCACGAGCAUUGGUCUUACUUUUUUUUUCUUCAUUCUCUACGUCUCUUCUCUACGCCUGCUGUUUCCGACAACGUCGACGGCCCCCCCCCCCCCUUGCGGAAAAUCAAUAUCACCUCUUUUGAGGAAAGUCCAUUUUGAAGCACAUCGAAUCACAGAAAUCCAACUCUUAAGAAAAGUCCACUGUCGAAGCGGGAGACAGUGAUCCAAUUAUUGAUAUGGAAAUUUGCAGCUUUACAGAAAUUUGCAGUUUUACAUGUAGAUUAAAUGUUUUUUUUCGAUCUGACGGCAUGACUUUUUUUUUUUAAAUUGAUUACUUAUUCAUUAAUCCAAUAAUUCUCGGAUGAUGACUUUUCCAUUUUUCAGAAUCGUAUCAUCAUGUAAUGCCGUAUCAACUGACAUUUCCCGAUCUGAUCCAUCGAUAUCUUCUCAUCCGAUAAUAAUCGAUAUCUCCACCUACGAUGUUUCCCCGACGAAGCUUUCUCGCCGAUGGUGAUCAGUUACAUUCCACUAUAAUGUGUGUGACGUUACAUAGCAAUAUGUUUCUGUUUGAUUAUAGACGAUGCAUUAUAAUCUAUAGAUAUUUUAACGUAGCUAGUUUGUUGUCCAUCGACACACGCGAUAUCUUCAUUGCGUAGCGCAAUUGUUUCUCGUAGCUAUUUAAAAUCAUUCCGUGCAAGGAGAAACG